CUGGAGCGCCAAAUCUGCUGCUGAGGGAAACAAACAGGACUGGGCUUACUGUCUACACAGGUCCGAAAAGACUUUGCUUUUGUAAAAUCUAGCAUCGAUGGACCUCAGCCCAUUUGAAACCGAUAACUCUGUUAGCUGCCGACUGGCUUCUGAGAUCCCUGACAUCUGCAGGACAGAGGACUGCUGUCUGGGUGUUGAUGAGGCAGGCAGGGGGCCUGUGCUGGGGCCCAUGGUGUAUGGGAUAUGUUUCUGUCCAGUUUCCAAAAAGGAGGACCUGAAAGACUUGAAAGUAGCAGAUUCUAAGACUCUUUCAGAGGCAGAAAGAGAGAAUCUGUUCCAAAAACUAGAUGAAGCCAAAAGUUAUGUAGGCUGGGCCUUGCAGAUUCUCUCCCCCAACACCAUUUCUACCAGCAUGUUGCGAAGGACAAAAUACAACCUCAAUGCUCUUUCACAUGAUACAGCCAUUGGUCUAAUACAGUAUGCCUUGGACAGUGGAGUACAGCUGAAAGAGGUUUAUGUGGACACAGUUGGCCCAGCUGAGAAGUAUGAGGAGAAACUCUCUCAGCAGUUUCCAGGCAUUGAAGUGACUGUAAGGCCAAAAGCUGACUCCCUCUUCCCCAUCGUCAGUGCGGCCAGCAUCUGUGCAAAGGUUGCCAGAGAUCGUGUUGUGAAAGGUUGGAACUUUGCAGAAGACCUAGGAGAGGUGGAUGCAGAUUAUGGCUCGGGAUACCCGAACGACCCCAAAACUAAAGCGUGGUUGCUGAAGUACCUCAAUCCAGUAUUCGGUUACCCUCAGUUUGUCCGAUUUAGCUGGAGCACUGCCCAAACCCUGAUGGACAGCAAGGCUGUGGCUGUUCACUGGGACGAUGAUGAGGAGGAUGGGGAAAAGGCAGCACAGCGGCUGAACAACAGGUCCAUGCUGUCUUACUUUAGUGCAUCAGCUGGAGGUGAUGACCAAAACACCACCCACCAGACACACCGCUUCUUCACUGAGCGGAGGCUGAAGAGCCUCGACGCACUCUGAAGACGUGCCUACAGGCUGUGGGAUUUUCGUUUACAACCAACCUACUUAAAUAUUGUAUCGGCAGUCUGUCUUUAUUUGUCCUGUUUGUGUUUAAUUUUCUACAUAAAACUAAUGUUUUAAAGUU